CGAUUAAGUUUCAUAAAAUCAUAUUCAUAUUAAAUAUGUAUGUUACAGUGUAUUAAUUAGGGGUAAAAUAAAAGAAAAAACGGUAAAUAAUUAGAGAUCGUCGCUUGAUGGCUGCCAUCUUGGUUGAUACAACCAGUUAAUUCUGUCACUAAUGUAUAUUGUAUCCCUUAAUCGAUCCCUCGCCCUCAUAUGCCUAGGCCUAACCUGAACCCUAAAUCAUAAGUCGAUCCCUAUGACUAUGACAAACCUAAACCCUUAAUCGAUCCCUCAACCUAACCUAAACCCUAAUUCUCUGCAACUUUAAUAAACCCGUAAAUGACAUCACGGGUUGAUCUCUAAGAAUUAGCCGAAAAAACCUAUUGACAAAAAUUUAAUUGAUUGGAGAAAGGUUCAGCAGAAACGCCCGAUCUAGUAUGUAGAUCUCUUUAUCUUUUUUUUUUUUAAUUAGGCCUAAUUCAAACUAAUUGAUUGGCCCACGGUGUAAAGUAAAGCAUUAUAAAUUAUAGUAAAUUAGGACCUGAGGAGUAGGCUAUGUGAAUGUGGGCAUGACCGGCCUGUUAACUUUUUAAAGACUAGGCCCUAUGACUAGGCCUAAAUAUUGUAAAUACGAAAUGAGCAUCUAUUUGAAGUAAAUCUGUUUUGUUGCAUACUUCCAUAACAAGCUAAAAUAUGGCUGGUUCGAUGUUUGAAGGAGAGGACGUAAGUAGAUUUAUUCCUAAUUUUUUAACAAUUAAAAAGCAAUUUAUUUUUAUUAGAAUUUAAAUCAUAGAGCUUUCUAUUCAAUUAGAAAUCAAUUCUUACUUAGGUAUAAAUUUAGUAAAAGGCAACGGUUUUUUUUGUGACUGAAACUGAAGUUGAAAGUUGAAGUAUUAUUAAACUUAUUUUUUAUAAAAUAUUGCUAGAGCUAUGCAAUGUAAAGGUCCAUGUACUGUGUGCCAUAGCUGUGGGUUUCCAACUUCUUGACUAAUCAAAUGAAAUUUCAAUAUUUGUGAAAACGUUUUUAACUAAUAAUACAACAUUGACACUUAUAUUAUAUAAAAUGAACUAUGAACAUUUAAGUCUUUUGACUUUUGAUGUUGACUGUUUUGAUAUUGCUACUGCUGAUGUUUUUUUAAAAAUUGAUGUAUUAUUUAUGUGAGUUAUAAGAUUUCAAAAGAAAAAAACUAUGGGAAAUAAAGUUUUUAAAAGAAAUCAGAUAAUCAACAAAAUAGAUCCUUGGAAUAUGCCUGUGUUUGUUGUCAAUGUUGGAAUAAAUUAAAUGAGGGCAGUUAAUGAACAUAUAAUUUAUAUUAAAGCCUUUGUCUUUUUAACAAGACCAUCUUUUUGACAUUUCUCAUUUUAAUUCUAAUUCAAAAUAAUAAAUAAUAUGUUUCUGUACCUAGCCAGAAAAAAGAACUUUUUAAAUUAAGUGUCUUAGUGGAGUCUUACACCAUUUUUGCCUGCCUUCUUCUAUUCUUUAUCCAUUGUCAAUUGUUUUCUUUUUGCACUAUAAUUUAACUUUUCAUUUUCAACACAUAAUUCUUUAACAUGCCAAUUUUAAACCCUUCUCUGGAUUUCCCACAAUAAGCCUUUAUACCAUCCCUUAUUUAUUAAUUUUUAUAAAAAAAUUAUUGUAGACUUAUUUUAUAAGAAACAUGGAACAUUCAAUGCUAAAUUAUGUAUGCUUCUAUCCAGACUCUAAUCCUUAGAGCUAUUAAGCAAAAUGAUGUACCUACAUUACAAGCUGCUCUGAAGAAUGGAGAAAAUCCAUUUUACACAGAUAGGGUGAGCUAUUUCUCAAUUGGCCUAUAAUGCUGAGAUUUGUGCAGCUUAAAAAAAAUAUUAUUGAUUUCAAGCUAACAUUUCAACAUGAACUACAAGAACUGUUCAAAUGUUAUUAAUAGUCAUUUGAUUGAUAUAUUAUAGAAAAUAAUGAUUUAACUAAAACUUAAAUAGCAUUAUUACUGAUUAUAAAAACUCCAUUUCUAAAUGAAAAAAAAAAUGCAGAACGAAUUUCUAAUUUUCCUCAACACAAGUUUUUUCAAGUGUAAAAAUAAAUAGAGGAACUAUUCUAAGUCUUAAUAUUUUCUAAUACUGCUAUUAUGAUAGAUGUAAGCCAACACUAUGUAGGCCUAUAAGUUACAUUAUGCUCCCUUCUGAGGGUAACAUGAAACAACAGCACUUGUUUUAUAACUAAAUUAGAAAAUAAAUUAAAUUAAAUACCAGAGGCAAAACAGUUCUUAUGGAGAAUUUUUUUCUCUUUAUUAAAGAAAUCAUAUUUACCUCUACAGAAAAACAACACCUACCUGCACUAUGUGUGUACUGGGUAUCGACCAGUAAUAAUGCACAUUAUUGUUGGUACAGGCAUCAAUCUCAAUGCACAGAAUAGGGUAUGUAUUUAUUAAAAAUAUUUCUCAAUAAUUAUUUUUUAAAAAUACUUUGAAAGUUUUUAUUUUGAUUUUUUCUUUAAAAAUCAUAAAGGCAAAAAAAAAAAAAAAAAAAAACAUUUUUCUCUUUAAAAAAUCAACUUAAAUUAAAAAAAAAACAAAAAAAAAUUAAAAAUUUUUCUAAAUAAUUAUUUUUUAAAAAUAUUUUGAAAUUUUUUAUUUUGAUUUUUUCUUUAAAAAUCAUAAAGGCAAAAAAAAAAAAAAAAAACAACAUUUUUCUCUUUAAAACAUCAACUUUAUUUUAGAUAGGCUCAAAUAAGCAUACUUGUAUAUUCUUCAUACCAAUAGCAUGGAAACACAGCUCUUCAUGUAACUGCCCUGCAAAAUGAAUGCUGCCAUGUUGGUGAUCUUCUAGCUGCAGGAAUAGAUGCUAACAUAAAAAACAAGGUCAAACUAAUAUAUUCACUUAUUUGUUUAAACUAAUUUAAAUUAAUAUUUAAUUGUGAAGAAAAAACUCAAAUAAUAAAAUAUUUAUAAUUAAUCUAUAUUUAAAGAAAAAAAAUCAAAAUAUCAUUCUAUAUCAUAUUCUAUUUAGGCUGGCAAAACAGCAGCUGAAAUACCCACAAAAAAUUUAUUCUGGAAGACUAUCUAUAACAAGUAUCAGGUUGGUAAUUUCUAAUCUGAACACAUACAACUCAAGUCUUUUAUAGACAAAACAACAUACCCAGUAUUGUUCAAAUAUGUUGUGUUAAAUGGGAUGAUGCAGAAAUACUGCAAAGAUUAUCUUUAAUUAUAAAGUAUAUAUUCUAUAAUGUUAUAUGUUUUAACUUCAAUUCUAAACAAGAUCAAAUCAUUAUUAAUAGGUUAACAAAAAAAGGGAAUUGUUUGCUUCAGUUUUUUAAUAUAUCCAAAGACAACCAAAACUUUAUCUGGAUGGCUGUGUAACAGUUUAAUAUUUAUUUUGAAUAUGAAUAUAAUUUAUAGAACAAGCUGUUGAAAUUCUUCUUCUUCUUCUUAUGCCUUUUUACCCUUUCUGGUUCAUAGGCCAUCCACAAGAAUUCUCCAUUCAUCAAGGUCUUGUGCUUGCUUUUCCAGUUGUUUCCAGAUGUAUCCCAUAUUUUGUAUGUCUGCCUCUAACUUGCAUCUCCUUGUAAUCUUUGGCCUUCCUCUCUUUCUUUUUUAUAUUGAAAUUGGAAGAUUCUUUUUGAUCUAUUUGCUUUGUUUUCCUUAUUUAUAAAAUUAGUUACUCUAUCAAUGUAUUCGAUUUAAGACUAAAAUCUGAAUGUUUUACUUCUUGAAAAUGUAAAGGCUCUCAAUUACAGAAUUACCCUACAUUACACUUUUUGGACUAUUUCCUUAAAACUAGCCAGGUAUCUUUGAGGCUGUUGCUAAUCAUGAUGUGGACAAAGUGCUGCACCUUCUCCAUUGCUGGUCCAGAGUGGAUACCAAAAGGGUAAGUGUUAAGCUAAGUUAUUUUUAAUUUUAGAAAUAUCAGUGGUUCUAUUGUUGUUGUUACAAAAUAAAAGAGAGAGAAAUUACAACUUCAGAUAGAUUUAUCAUUAAAGAAUAAUGAGUGAGUUUGGGAACACUUUAAAGAUUUAAAAAUUGUUAAUUUUAUGCCAUGCAAUCCUAAAAUAAUUGACAAUCUCUAAAAAAAAUAAAAAAUUACUAAAUGGUUAAUAAUAUGUAAAAACAGAGAUGACGUGACCACUGUCUGUCUGAAGGGCUAAGCAAGCAGCUGUUUGACUUCAGGAAUAAAUUAAUGUUAUGAAACUUAACAUGUAAUAUAACGCUACUUUGGGAAAAUACUAGCAUGUGAAAGAAAACAUUUUGAAAGAAUCAUUUCUAUCUUGAAUUAUGUUUUCUGCAGGGUGGGCAAACACUGAGGCAGUUUACUGCAGCUCACAAGUUCCAUGAUUUGGUCUUUCAUAUUGAUGUCCACAGAUACACACUGGUCAGAUGAGUUGAUGAAACAUAUUUUUAAUAUCAGAGGUUUAUUCAGUUUCAUAAUUAACAAAAGUUAGUGUGUUGAAACUUUAUGCUGGCUCAACUGGGUAGUUUCUGGCUCAUUACCAUAUAUAAUCAUUCAUAAGCCCACUUUAAAAAAAAAUAAUUUCAUGGAAUAAAUGUGGUGGCCGAAUUAUUAGUGGGUCAUUGAAGAUUUUUAUAAUUUCUCCAUGUAAAUUGAUCCUAUUUUAGAAAAUAAUGAAGAAAAAAAGGAAUUAACUGAAGUGAACAUGGAGGAAUGUGCAUAAUUAGCAGUAUGCACACUUUUAAGGCUAUUCCUGCCAAAUCUAAAGGGUUCUGCUUAUGAAGGAAGGGGCUUAUGAACAGUACAUUCAUUAUUUUCUUCUUAAAUUUUUAGAUUGUGGUAAUAUCACUGACCUUUUGUUUAGUCUAAAAAAUAUUUAUUUAAGUAUUAAAGCAGGAUUUCUUGACUGCUUACAAAAUGUAUUAUUGCAGGGUGCAAUCUAUGCUGUUUUGGAAGCUGACUCUGAAAAGGCCUUCACCUUUCUGUCCUAUUCUAAAUGUGAUGUUAACUUCCUGAACUAUGUAAGUCUUGAUCAAGAAAGCAGCAAAUGGUAUCAAUAAUUUAUUAUCGGUUCAUUUUUAGCAUUUUAUUUAUUUGAACAUUAAACAUUUGACUUGAAUGAAGUAAAUAAGUGAGAUUCUUAUUUGUACAUGAAGCAACAUAACAGCUAAAGCAAUUAACGACAAGCUAUUUUAUUUUGAACUUUAAAAAUGUAUUGCAAUAAAGGCUUGCAUCAAGACUUUUAUCAUCAUUUAUUAUGUGUCUAUAAUACAGGCUUCAGAAAACUGCCACAUUCUUCAGCAUGCAAUUAAACUGGGUGAUGUCAGACUAGUUCGAAUGAUUUGUAAGGCCAAUGUCAAUGUAAACAUUCAGGUUACAGUUCAAAGUUAUCUAAAGGUAAUAUUUUGUUUUCUAUAUACCAAAAAAUUGUAUAGAUCUUAUAAUAUAUAAUUAAAAUAUUUUUCUUAUGCAAGGUUUAUAAUAACUUUUUCAGGAUCUCCUUUUACGACCAUUUGACUAAUUUUAAUUUUUGCACAUCACAGGCACCUCUGUUCUUUGAGGCCAUAGGCUCAAAAAUCUCUGAGGAAAUUACCUGGGCUGUUCUAAAAGCCGAUGCUGAUUUUAAUUUAAAGGAUGAGGUAAGUAUAUUAUAAAAAAAAUUUUUUUUUAUUUUUAUAUUUUAAUCUGUAACAAGGUGAAAAAACAUUUUCAAGAUAAGCUUUGUAUGUAAAACAUUAUUUUUGCAUUAUUCUUACAGAGAGGACGAAAUGCUGCUAUUUAUGCAUUAGACAAAACCAGUGGAAAAAUUUCAUGUGAAGUCAUAGCAUAUAUGAUGAGCAAGGGACUGGAUAUUUCUCAGAGAGAUUUGGUACUUUUAUUCUUCUAUCAGAUGUGUAAACAUUUGCCGUGUAAUCAUUGUCAUUAGCUUUGAUUUUUCUGUCAGUGGCAAAUUUUGUGAGUUUUUUGUGUUAUAUUUUCUCAUAUCUGGAUUGAUCUAGAAACCAAAUAAAUUUAAACCAUGUCGAGGGUUGGUUUAAUGUCGUGUAUUAAUGAUAUUAUGGUUUUAACUUUAAUAGAUUAAACACAAUGGCUUUGAAGAUAUGAUCGCAUAAGACAACUCACAAGAAGCAUGAAUUUCUUGUUUUAGAAAUUGCACUUGGAGAUUAUAAUAGAUUUAACAUGCGCUUGAUGAAAAGUUAAUAAACUCUUUAAAUAUUACAUUGAUGCAGUGUCUACUUACAGACUGGUGUGACAUUUCGAGAUGUAGCCAAGUUUGCGAGGAGGAGAGACAUCGUAGCAAUAAUAGACAAGGUAAAAAGUAUUUUACUUUUGAGAAUGUCAGUUAUUUUAUAAAUCUCAUUCUUAAUUCAUUAUAAUACAUUAGACAGAUCAAUUCAUUACAGAACAUAGGCACAUUAAUUAUCAGCUGUUCAUAUCUUUAGAAUAAUACACCUUUUUUUUUAUUACAACACUAUUUAGACAGUCAAGUUUAUUCAUUGUAAUAUUUCUGCAAUUUGUUGCAUAGUUGUAAUUUGCUGCAUAGUUGUAAUUUGCUGUUAAAUUUGUCAACGUUCAAGUCAAAAAAGCUUACAUUGAAAAGAGAAACGAAACCAAACCAGAAAAGCUCUUCGUGAAGAAAUUGUUAUUAUCCCAGUGUUUCUUUCUGUUCAUUCCAAAAAGGCCUAUGUUAAGACCAUCAGAUCAUCAGAUAUGACUGAGUUGGAGAGGUUAGCAGUCAUGGGUUAUGACAGCCUCUUGAUUGACUUGAAUGUAAGCUAAAUAGACAAUAUUUAUCUUUCAUAAUUUUUUUUCUAUAAAUAUUUGAUAAUAUGAAACCUAGCUUUUUUAUCUCUCCAUUAAAUAAAAAUAAGUUAAAAUUCCAUGAGAAAAAUAACAAACAAAAAAUGUUUAUUUUAGAAAUUAAUCAAUAUAUAAUUGGUUUCCAUUUUUUCUUACUUUAAUUUUUCAAAAUAUAUUUUUUCUUUUAAAAACUUUUUUUUCAUUAGAAAUAAAAUUUCUGUCAUCUUGUUUUAUAUUAAGCUUUAUUUGUUUGUUACUAAAAGAAUCUUUUUUGAUCAGUUCUUUUUUAAAAUAUUCUUUUAAUAUAUUUUUUUCGUAACAACCUAUUGUUUUGAAAUGCUUUUUUAAAACUAUUUAAAAAAUAUUCUGUUUUAACCCACAGUAUCGAGACACAUUCAUCUAUGCCAGCGGGAAUGAUACAGAAGAUGCUGUGAAAUUUACUCAGUGGCUUCCCACAUUUAAUGUAAGGGCAUUAGCACAUCUUGGUUUCAAUAUAAUAUUUAACUUUUGUUAACACUGGAUUAUUUUAAUUACUUACUAAAAAUACACUAUCAGCCUGGUGUAUCACAGAAGUGCCUGUCCAAAAUUCUAUAAUCUGUUUUAUAUAAUUAAAUGAUAUUUGUAAAAAUUAAAGGUCUAGUCUUGUUGUCAGUGCUCAUUUGUAAAGUCAGGGUCAUAAAAAUGAAUCUAAAUGUUGUUUUUUAAUGUAAUUUUUUUAUGAAGAUUUGUUAUAGACAAAUCUUUAGUUAAAUUUAUGAAUGUGCUCUCAUUUGCAAAGUUACAUUAAGGAAACAUUAAAUGAGGUUGUUCGGAGUAAAUCAUUUUGUAUACUCCAUACAUAUAUAAAACUCUUCUAUUGCAAGUGUCAAGUUUUAUGUAAUCAUCAUGCAUGUUGAUUCUAGAACUCUUUUUGCUAUAAAUGAUCAAUACUUUUUUCUAGGUUCAGGUGAAAAAACUUCAUUUUGGUGUACAGCACUGGUCGGUUGAUAAGAUGUAUGAACUACUAGUUACAAGUGACAGACCAGAGUUGUUAGUAGAUGCCAGAGAUAAGGUGAGUAUGACUAUUAAUUGAAUAACUCUAUGGUAAUUAAUAAUACAAAAACUUUAUAUUCAUUUUUAAUGCAAUAAUUCUUCAUAAUUAAUUUAACUAAACCCAUUUAUCUUAACUUUAUUGAGUUUUAAGUCAGUCACUAGAAAUUUAUCAUUUGAUAAAAGUGAUAGAAUUCAUAAUUGUUAUAGUCUAGAUAUUUUAUAGUUUAUAAGUUGCUUCAUUUUUCAAUAAUUAUUUUUUUUUGGUGUUGUGUCAUUGUCAAAUCAUUAUGAUUAAAAUAUCAUUGUCAAAUCAUUAUGAUUAAAAUAAUUUUAUUGAACAAUUAUGUUAACUUUGCUUUUUAAAAAAAAAAACCAGGGUGGGAGAUCAGCCCUUCAUAUUUGUCUUCUGCAUAGAAGACUGGAAAUCCUCAAAUUGCUUUUGGAGCAGCCAAAUAUUGAAAUAAAUAUUAAAGACAAUGUAAAUAAUUUUACUUUAUGGAAUAUUAAAUAAGAUUUUGCUUGAUCUGUAAAAUAAGAUGACUUGGAAUUCUAUUUUAUUCCUUAAAGAAGUAUGAAUAACCCUCACAGGUUUGAUAGGAUCUUCAGUCUGGAUAAUAGUUUAGAAAAAACUGAAUUAAAUCAAUUUAAAUUAAAUAAUUAUUUUUAAAUACCUUUUAAACUCACAUGAGAUCAAUUUGUCAGAUUUUCAAAAUGCAAUUUCACAGAAAUAAAAACAUAAAUCAUGUAUCUAAAAAGUAAUUACUGAAGAAUUUGUAAAUAUUUCCAGAUGGGUCGUACACCAUACCACUAUGCAUGUGCGUUGAAAGCAGAAGAUAAAAGAGAGGAGUUUUGUGGUUUACUUAAGAAUUCAGGAAUCAAUACUGAAGUUUUUGAUGUAGUAAGCUUGAAAAUUGUACAUAUCAAAAUUAAAUUUAUUAUACCCUUAUUGCAACCAUGUCCAUGGUGAUUAGACAUAAUGUAAGAACAUUUCUUUUCUAACCUAUUAUUCUUGGUUUUGUUAUAGAACCUUCCAAAAAAAGUCUUCUUUUGACCUAAUUCAACUAAUUUUAAUAAAUGCACCUUUUUCUUCUCUGUCUUUAUAUUUUAAAAAGUUCUCCUUUAAUGUAAAAUUCAGUUGUUACCGUUUUUCAUGUAUUUUCCAGAUUAACCACACAGGCAAUUACUACCUAAACCACUCAGCUACAUCUGAUACAUGGCUUGAAAAGGAACGAAGAGUAAGCGCUCCCCAACUUUUUUCUGAAAGAUUUAAUAAUGAAUUAGACAAGCUGCAUACAUCAUUCAGUUAAAUUGCAACUAAAAAAAAAGCGACUUUGAUUUUAUUAACUGGAUAUAAUUGAUUUCUAACAGUUGUGCAUUUUUGUCAGGGUUAAAAUGAAAUGCUAUUCCUUUUAAUCAUUCUUUUUUUAAAAAUCAAAAUGUCCCAUUUAAUGUAAUAAGUAAUUAAUUGUAGGAAGAAAAAAAUUAUUAGUAUUAAAUGCUAAAAGAUGUCUGUUUAAAAAAAAGAUACUAGUUAAGUCUGCUGAAAAAACACAUAGCACAGUAAUUUUGGUAUCAUUUUGUUGUCUUUUUUUUCAGUUUCAUUAUGGAAUGGAAAGACAACUUGACUGUGCUGACAAAGUGAGCAGUGUUUUUUCCCAAUAUUUAAAUCAUUGAGUUUUUAUUGUUAAUGGUAGAUAUUUGGAAAAUGACAUGAAACUAGCGUAAAGUAUAUUUUACUUAGUUUUUACAAUAAAAUAAUUACUGCAAGUGCAACGAGACUGAAUCCUUGCCCGAAACUAUUUUUGUUAUUAUAUACUUAAAGUGGUCAUAUGCUGCUUAUUUUCCAGGUCACUCAGAUUCUUGUUACUCAUUUCUUAAUACAGUCUUGUGGUUUCUACCAGUCGCUGAUUGGUGGUUGUGUUCAUAUUGUUAUUUAUGUUUAGCAAUAUCUCACUUUCCCUUUUUCUUUUCCUGGUGUACAUAUAAAAUAUAAAAAAACUUUAUAGUUUUGACCUGAAUAAUUACACAAUGUAAUUCAGAUCUGCUCUUGUAUUCUUUAGCAGAUGUAAAAUGCAAACUUGUAAUAAAAUGUCAUGCAGAUUUGUUUUCCAAUAAUAAAUAACAUAACUGUUUCUUGAUGAAUAGUGUGACUUGUUUAAUUUUUGUGUGUUCUUUCUUAAGUAUGAAGAGCUGUGUCUCAUGAUGAGAUACAAAGGGAAGCAACUGAAACACUUUGAGAAGGCUGUGUGCAAAUUUAAAUACCCUGUAGCAGACUUUUCAAAAGUUGUAAGCACAUCAUAAUAUUAAUAAUUGUUGUGGUAUUUAUCCUGUAAGAGUCGCAAACCUUCUUUUUUUUAAACUUUAAAUGUAAGGAGAGAAUAUUUUAAGUACAUUCCAAAAUUUGUUUAGUGUAGUAUUUAAAUUUAUUUCAGUAGAGUUCCAGUAGAUUUCCACAUCCCCUACUCAACAACUACCAGUUUAACUGUUGAUAUAAAAUUAAUAUGUUUGAUGGGAUCCAAAUUUAUCCCCUUCUGACAUAUUUUGACAAACUUUAGUAAUCCAGCUUAAUUCUUUUUUCUCCAGCUCAGCCCAUUGAUGCCUGAAUAUAGAGACUUGGUGUUUGUGGCCAUGGAGUCAAAGAAAGAAGACAUUGCAGUGAGACUUAUUCAGCUGGGGACAGACUGGACAAGAAAGGAGCCGGUAAAGCUAAAACAGAGCUAGUUUGCUAGCUUUAUGUAGAAGAAUUCAUCAGAUUAGUAAUUGACUUGUCACAAUGUAGCAAUCGUUGUAUUGUUAUUUUAAGCCGCACCAAUGGGUUAUAAGGAAAUCUGGGAGUUUCCUCCCUUCUUUAUAAACAAGUAUUAGAUCAAGGCCCUUCAAAAUCAACAUAAGAUGGUUAUAUAAAUUCAUUUCACUGAAGCUGGAUUUUCUUAAUUGGGUUUAAUAUUCUUUUGCUUUAAAAAAUAUGCUUUGAUAUUAAAAUCUUAAAGCAGUAUAAAAGUAACUGAAUGGUAUAUUUAAGGAAGAAAACUUAAUUUAAAUUAAAUAGCUAUAAACAGUUCAGUAUCUCUCUUUCAACAGCCUUUGAGCUGGAAAGGGCUCUUUCUUUUCCACUUACAAAAGAAACAUCCGUCUGGGUUCUGACCUACAACAUCUGGGCCUCAGUCAAUCCCAAAAUUAAAAAAUUUCUGGAGCUUUUUUUUUUUAAUUGCUCUCUAAUACUUGACGGCCUCUUACAACAGAUUGGAAAAGUUUUCCUGUGUCUACUUAAUGUUGCAAUGGGAUGUAAUGCUUAAUUUCCCCUAAUUUUUUGUAUAUUAUUCACUAUGGAAUAGUUAAUAAUAAUUGCAUUAUAAAGAUUCAAAAUUAUACAAAUAUUAUAAGUUUUAGACCAAAUGGUCUACUGGAAAUUUGGGUGGGAAACCAAGUGGCUUCUGCUACUUCCAUUCAUCAUGCUUAAGGUUUGGUAGAAAGCAUAAUGAAGAGCAGUUUAAAAAUAAAUUAUUUCCUUUUCAGCCUUUUUAUAUUUGUAUUCACAGAAGUCAUUGAAGCAUUCAAAUCCCCAAAAGAAAAUGAUAUAAGCAUUGGCAUUUAGUUUGUGCAAUGUGCAUACAUUUUAAAAUAAAUUAUGCAUUUUAGUUAUAUGUAACAUAUUAACAAUAUGCUCAAAAAUGGCAUUCAGCUCUUCUUCUUUAUUAGUUUUUUAAUGUCUCAUUCAUGUCAGGUUGCUUCUAAUGCACAAUUGGGUAUUUCAUUAUCCUGUAUUACAGAAUGUGCUUAACACAGAUCUGAUACUACAAAAUGUGCCUUUUUUCUAACACUAGCUCAAUAUAUCUGAACAUAGGUUAUAGCAAAUAUUUUUUUCUUGUAUUCAAACAGUGUAAAGUCAAAAUGGCAGACAAUGACACUGAUACCACUGAAGAAGUUCUUCUGACAGUAUCUGAGAGAGCAGACCAGCUCGGUAUGAUCAGAGUUAUCAAGGCCAUUGAGAAAAAGAGAGAUUACUCUCAGCGAAUCAAGAGAAGUAAACAAACUCCAAACAGGAAGAGCAGUGGCAAGACUUUAGAACAGGACCAAAACCAGAAGAUUGAACAUGUUAGAAGAGUGAGUCCUCAACACAAAGAUGUUAAAGUCAAUGAACUAAAUGGAAACUAUGAUGAUGUUUCUUUUGAAGAGGAAAUAUAUGAGGAUGAGGAAAUGUCUGAUGACGGAAAUAUUAGUCAUACCAAUGUUUGGGAGGGGGAUGAAGGCGAAAAAUGGAUUCAAGAAAGUGAAAGCAACAAAAGUGAUGGUAAAAAAAGUGAGGAUUUAGACGAUUACAGCGUAAAUAGUUUUGUGUCUGAAGAUGAUGAGCUGGAGUUGGAAAUUCCAUAGUUUAUUCUGUUGAUGAAAUCCAUGUUUUUCCUGUCAUCUUUGAUUUUUAUUAGGGGUUGGUUUCAACAGCC